AUGAGCUCUGAAUUUGGUAGGCACGUUAAUGAUGUUUCAAAGGAAUUAGAGAUCAUCAAUUUCAAAGUUUUACAAGAAAAUCAUCUAGAACAUGAUACUAAAAGGGGCAGCGCAAAACACUGGAUUUCGGAGGAUGCUACUUCAGACGAGCGUCGUAAGGCUAAACUUAAAAAUCUAUUUCUUACAUUUCAAAAGGCAAUGAAAGUAUUAUUCAUUGGUGGUACAUGCAUCGGAGUGAAUCCUGUCACUGGAAUUCUGCAAAAAGACUUGUCUAAAAUGAGGCUUUUCAAGAUGCCUUCGUCUCUUCCAGCUUUAGCUUUCCUAAUAUUUUUUACAACGGCGUCUUUUACUACGUAUUCAUUCAUAUGGAUCGCUCCAAAAUGGCCGGCUCUUAUGAAGGAGCUUAUAAACUCUAAACUAGAUGAGUACAUCGACCCCAAUGUUAUACGGAGAUGUAACAUAGCCUGCUGCGGUUUCAUGGUUAUGGCCAUAAUGGAACAUGUGUUGUCGAUAGUAUCACGUAUCGCUAGAAUACUGGAGUGCAACGACCAGGUACAUGUUGGUGAGAUGUUCAUCAAAGUGACGUCACCGUGGUUGUAUGAACUAAACGUACCUUAUGUUGUAGCUCUUGGAGUUAUUGUGCAGUUCUUGAACAUAGUAUCAACAGCUACAUGGAAUUACGCAGACAUCUUCAUUGUAAACAUGAGUUUGUUUUUGACUUCAAUAUUGCAGCAGAUUAACAAGAAAAUAGCGGCUACGGCUAGUAAGAACUAUGUUCCGGCCUCAAAAUGGGGUGAGUUAAGGGAGGACUACACUCGCGCUACGAAUUUAGUAAAACGGUUCGAUGACGUACUCAGCGGGAUCGUAUUGAUUACAUUCGCUAAUGACCUCUUCUUCAUAUGCAUGCAGCUUUAUAAUAUACUUUCAAGAGGCCUCUGCUCAGCAGUGGGCACAUAUAGGCUGAUAAUUUACUCUCGAUACUACAUAUAUCCAGCUUACCUAGCGUAUUCGUCAGUGUAUCUGUUCGUUCGAUUCCUGUCUGUGGCACUGGUAGCGGCACGCAUCCAUUCAGCAUCUAUGGUACCGGGGCCCAUCCUGUUCGCUGUGCCCGCAACUUCAUAUUGCAAAGAGGUUGAAAGGUUUCAAAACCAAGUCAAUGAUGGCGUUGUGGUAGCGUUCAGCGGUCUACAUUUCUUUUACAUCACCAGGGAUCUUGUGCUUACCGUCGGCAAACGAGCAUACGGAUUACCUGAUGUUUUAGCAACAGCUGCGCCAAAGCCAUCGAAAUUACUGUCCGAAAAUAUAUCAAGCAAUCACCCAUGUAACAACGUAUGCCAGGAUCUUCCCGAGCUGGACCUUGAGCCAGUUUGCAUGAUGUUCAGCAGAUACAAGAAAGGGUUCCAAUUCUUUGUGAACAUGUGCCACGCUAGACGUGCUAUUUGUAAGGAGAAUGUUUUGUGGGAGAGCCAUGCUUCGAUUGGGUCGGCUCGACCGGAGUCAUACCACGAGCUCACAGAAAACCGACCGAAACCACCACAGCGUUGUGUUUCGCCGUGUCAGUGA